AUGCCGCUUAUCAUCAUUUUGGUGAUGUUUAUUUAUCAAAAAGUAGACUCCACUGAGACAUUGUUGUCUUGUCUAAAUGUGCCAACGUCAAGCAUGAAGACAGUAAGCAUCAUCACGGCAGCUCUUCUACCAUUAAAUUGCGUCUGCCUGGUUAUGUCUGUACUACUUUUUCGGACGCACCAAAAGAAAGUGCAGAAGACCCGCUUCAACGUCACGCGCUCGUUCAAGGCAACAUUAAACCGAGAUACGAUGUCAUUUUUACGUUAUGCAAGUGCUACACAAGCCAUAAUCAUUGUUGUUUACCCCAUUGUGAUCCUAGCCGUACGGAUGACUUCUCAUCAUACACCCACAGUCCUCGAGAGGACUUUAGCUACGUUGGCGUACAUUUUCAACUGGUAUUGUGUGCUAGUGCCCGCCGUGAUGAUUUAUGCUGUACGUAGACAUCGCAUGAAGCGCCAGAAAAAAAUCGACAACGUGAUGGGUCAACAAGUGGCCGGAGAGGAAGGAUCAGAUUACUAUUUUCAACUGUUGCAAACUCAGUGGGAUCAGGAAAAGGAGCCUAAGACGUAG